CACUGUGGUUAAAGUUUAACAGGCAGUGGGCUGUUCGUUUUCUGACACAUUCUCUUUUCAUUUAAGCUUCUACAAAGCAGUUUGUAUUAAAAAGGCUUUUAAAAGAUGAUCAAUGUUAACCGUUAUUUAAGAGGCUUUUUUCAGCCUCUGUUCACUGACCUGAGGACUAUGGCACUGGGGACACUCCGAACAGCUGUGCUUGUUCUGUGGAUAUUGUCCAAUAACAAAAGUUGCUCAGUUGCAGGUACAUUCUCUUUGUUGGUUCCUGAUGGGUUCAUCUCAGCUCAAAUAGGAUCUUCUGUUGUCCUGCCAUGUGGACUUUCCACUGCGUUGGACAUUAAGAGCUAUGAAGUACGCUGGCAUCGUCCCAACAAAAAAGAAAACCCAAUUCUGCUGUACAAAGAUCUAAAGGUCCAGGAGAACAUUGGAGAUCCUCAGUACAGAGGCAGAGUGUCUCUGAUUGGAGAACUGCAGAAAGGGAACGUCUCUCUGAAACUGGAGAACCUCACAUUAGCAGACAGAGGAGAAUAUGUGUGCUUUGUUAAGAGCACUGAAUGGUAUGAGAGGGGUAGUGUAAUCCUGAAUAUUACAGUGGUUGGAUCUCCGCUUCUAUUCUCACUGUCUGAAACUGGAGAACAGGUGAAUGUUACCUGUGUGUCAGAUGGAUGGUCACCAAAUCCCACCCUCAUCUGGAGAGAUAAAAGAGGAAAAGAGCUCAGGAACAGUGUUUGUCACAACACAGACUCUGAAGGGUUGGUGAGUGUGAGCUCUUGGCUACUCUUCUCUCCCUCUGAGUCAGAGUGGAUCUCCUGUUCUGUGGGUUUAUCUGAUCAGGAGAUGAAGGAGGGAAGAGUGCUGCCGCUCAAACCUGUCUAUAAAACUGAUUCUGUUAGUGAUUCUGACUCAACAUUAGAACCAGGAGUUUCUCCAGGAUGGAAAGCCUUCAUCAUCUUACUGGUUAUCAGUCUGUUGGUUUUCACUGUAAUGGCAAUUUUCAUCAUCCCCAAGAUCAGAGACCAUAUUUUGCCAAAGAAUCCAAAGUCUGCUACAAAAGAAGAGCAAACACAUCUUGUUGAAGAGCAAACACGUCUCGUUGGAGAGUUCACUCCACCACACCCAGUUUCAGCUCUGAGAGAAAUAAGCAGAACUGAUGGAGCCACUCAAACCCCAGUUUCUGAAAAAAAGGACAAAGAAACGAAUACAGAAAAAAGAAAAGAAAUUCCAGACUGGGAAAAGAUGCUCGCAUGUAAAGUUGCCAUCAGGCCAGUCACACCAACUGUACCUUCUCUUGAUGUUGGAAAGAAAAAGUCAAGAGUAAUGUGUACAUCAGAUCUUAAUGACAAGACAGCAUUUAUUCAUGUUCUUUGUGAAGAGAGAAUUAGUUCAGGGCGGUACUACUGGGAGAUAACAGUAAUGAUAGAACCACAUACCUCAAAGAAUGGAAAGUCAUAUAAGUGUUCAUCAUCCUGGUAUGUUGGAGUGACCAAUGAAACAGCAGAGAAGAGGAGAAAAGUUCCUUUAACUCCACAGAACGGCUACUGGGUUCUUCACUAUGAGAAAGAGAAAGGUUACUAUGUUAAUGAUCCCUCUCAGACUCCUGUUCUAGUGAGAGAUCAGUUCUCAAAGCUGGGAGUGUUUUUAGACUGUGAGAAACACAAACUGUCUUUUUACGACUGUGAUAAACAGACACAUCUCUACACUUUCUAUGAUGUACAUUCACCACCUCUGAUUCCAGUUUUAAGUCCUGGAGACAAACAACAACAUACAAUCAUGAUAAGUCAAGAAAAAUGUGUGAAAUGUGAUGAACUUUAUCAACCAUGAGGAUCGAGUGUCGUGAGUGCUGACUCAAGAUCAGUCCUCUGUGUUUUUAUUGUGUAUGUAUAGUAAUUCAAAAGCUCAAUUACUUAUGAAUGAACUGUUUAAAAAAUGGCACAUUUGGUUGAGAGGGGCAAUGAAACUGGAGAGAAACGAAGUACAGAGAAAAAAAGAAGAUCUGAAGAAAGAGCAUCUUUAAUUUCAUAAAUGAUUUAGAACCAGCUGCCUGUCACUCUGCUCAAUAAAAUAAACUUU